AUGGCCGUGUUGCUCGUAGCGGCCCUCUUGCACCUACCAGCUCGGAAGACGUGGGACACUAAGAACGAGGCGUCGACAUUCAAGAUGGCUAGACUCGAUAUCCCCGGAACUGCAUUCCUCAUUACCUUCAUAAUCUUCCUUCUCCUCUUCCUCGACACCGCAUCUCAAGCUACGGCGAGCUGGACAUCUCUCUCCUGGCUCCUGGGCAGCAUCCUGUCUUUCGCGUGCUUCAUAUCGAUGGAAGCCGGCAUAGCAACGCACACGAUGACACCGCUGCGCAUCCUCUUCGGUCCCGAAUUCCUCGGCGCAUUCCUCGCCCUCGACUUUGGCAAUGUCGCAUGGUAUGGCGCCCUUUUCUACAUCCCUCUGUUGUACCAGGCCGUCGGACACUAA